GGCCGGCGGAACAGCUGAUGGCCUGCUGUUGUUGUCUUGCCGUGAUGAAGGAGAGAAGUUCAGCUUGAUUAUAAUUUUUACCUUUUUGUCCAUCCGUGGAAGGAAUUUAAUAAGACCAUGGCACUCAGAACGCUUGGACUGGCUCUGUCCAGAAUGAGUCUUGCACCUGCUGUACCCAGAGGCGUCCCAGCCCUGCGCGCGCCCACACUCGCAACCACGCCCGUGCAGACUCGCCUCCCUCCCGCAGCCGCCCGUGCCGCAAGCACAACCUGCGGCGUCCCAUCGAGGUGGACCUUCACCUCCUUUGCCGCACGCACGCCCUCCUCCUCCUCCUUGGUGGCCGCGGCGGUGCCUGCGUCCGCGGGGAGGACUCUGGUGGUGCAGGCAAGGCAGCUGGCGACGUCGCAGGCCUCGAGGGCGUCGCUGCAGCAGAUGCACAAAACAGGUCCCGUCAAGAAGAAGAGGAAGAACAAGAACCCGCUGGGGAAGAAGGCGUUCUCGAGGGGCGUGGUCCUCAAGACGCUCAUCAAGAAGCCCAGGAAACCGAAUUCGGCCAACCGGAAAUGCGUGCUGGUGCGCCUGUCGACCGGCCGGGAGAUGGUGGCCUACGUGCCCGGCGAAGGACACAACCUGCAGGAGCACAAUAUCGUCCUCGUGCGACCUGGCAGGCUGCAGGACGUUCCGGGCGUGAAGGUCAAGUGCAUUCGGGGCAAGUACGACCUGCAACACGUGAUCAAGAGGAAGAAAUAGAGAAGGCGGGAAAGAGAGGGAAAGAGAGACGGAGAGUGAGAGGGAGAGAGAGAGAGAAAAAAAAAAAAGAGGAAGGAGGUGGAUGGAAUGUGUCGAUUAGUGAAUAUGAACGAAUAAAGGAAUCGAUCAAUAAAUAGAAGAUAUUCAAACCAUAAAUAAAGAUGAAUUUAGCAAUAGAUAAAAAACGAAGAGAUCUGUAAGUGAAUGAAGUACAUAAGUCAAUAGAUAAAGAUUAUUCACCCAAACUGAACACCGAACAUCGUCUUCGAAAUGUUUGAACGUCGGCCAAGUGUUCAGAUGUUGAAUGCAAGUGCAGUGCAAUCAUCAAUUCAGGACCGUCAGCUGUGAUGUACAGAAGACCCGGAAAGAGAUGUGGAAACCCUGCUGUUGUUCUGGGAUUUAAAUGCUGCCCCAGAUGUAAAUAAUAAAACAUAGAUUUUCAGAUUUU